CUGUCUAUGCAUUUCACACACCACCGUUGCUCUUAUUCAAUAACACUUGUUGGUGAAACACGAUGAAGUCAAAGGGAGGAAAUUAAACUAAAGUUGUGUGGUUUGGACUGAAAGACUUGGCCCGCGGCACGGGGAGGAUGUCUCAGCUGCUGAGGCUUCUCUCGGCGGCCGCCCUGCCUCUCUGCCGGGCUGGAGGAGCCCGGGCUCGGCUGUCUGCGGUAACGGCACGACGGCUCUUCACAGCCGGAUACCGAAGCUCCGCAGCCCCGAACGGCUGUCGGACUCCGGCCGACUUCUUCUCCUGUCGCAGAUUCCAGUCAGCUCAGCGACGGCUGUACUCCACUGAACCCAAAGAUGGAAAGGGAGGAGCGGCCGGAGCAGGAGGAGGAGGAGGAGGAGGAGGAGGAGGAGGAAGAUCCUCAGGUGGAGGGAAGAGAGGAGGAAAAGACUGGUGGAGCCGAAUGCAAAAGGGUGACUUCCCCUGGGACGAGAAGGAUUUCCGUUACCUGGCGAUAACCGUGGCCGGCGCCGGUUCAGCGCUGCUGUAUUUCUACUUCAGAGACAACGGCCGAGAGAUCAGCUGGAAGGACUUCGUCCACCGCUACGUGGGCCGGGGAAUGGUGGAGCGUUUAGAGGUCGUCAACAAGCAGUACGUCAGAGUCAUCCUGGUGCCGGGCGCCGACGCUGACGCGAGCUACGUGUGGUUCAACAUCGGCAGCGUGGACACGUUUGAGAGGAACCUGGAGGCGGCGCAGCUGGAGCUCGGCCUGGAGCCGUCCCACCGCCCCGCCGUCGUCUACAGCACCGAGAGCGACGGCUCUUUCCUGAUGAGCAUGAUACCGACCCUGCUGCUGAUCAGCUUCCUGCUCUUCACCUUGCGGCGAGGACCAAUGGGAGGAGGCCCUGGCGGCGGAAGGGGCGGGCCCUUCAGCAUGAGCGAGUCGACGGCGAAGAUGAUGAAGGACAACAUCGAGGUGAAGUUCAAGGACGUGGCCGGCUGCGAGGAGGCCAAGCUGGAGAUCCUGGAGUUCGUCAACUUCCUGAAGAACCCAAAACAGUACCAGGACCUCGGGGCCAAGAUCCCCAAGGGUGCCGUGCUGUCCGGACCUCCUGGGACGGGGAAGACUCUGCUGGCUAAAGCUACAGCCGGAGAGGCCAACGUCCCCUUCAUCACCGUCAACGGCUCCGAGUUCCUCGAGAUGUUUGUGGGCGUCGGCCCUGCCAGGGUGAGGGACAUGUUCGCCAUGGCGAGGAAGAACGCCCCCUGCAUCCUCUUCAUCGACGAGAUCGACGCCGUGGGGAGGAAGAGGGGAGGCGGGAACUUUGGCGGUCAGAGUGAACAGGAGAACACGCUGAACCAGCUGCUGGUGGAGAUGGACGGUUUUAACACAGCGACUAACGUGGUGGUUCUGGCCGGAACCAACAGACCCGACAUCCUGGAUCCUGCACUGAUGAGACCGGGACGCUUCGACAGACAGAUCUACAUAGGUCCGCCGGACAUUAAGGGCAGAGCGUCCAUCUUUAAAGUCCACCUGCGGCCGAUCAAACUGGACCCCAACAUGGACAAAGACUUUCUCGCCAGGAAGAUGGCUGCUGCCACGCCGGGAUUCACCGGAGCCGAUAUCGCCAACGUCUGCAACGAGGCGGCGCUGAUCGCCGCCCGGCAUCUGAACACGUCCGUCAACGGGAAACACUUCGAGCAGGCCAUCGACCGCGUCAUCGGAGGUCUGGAGAAGAAGACUCAGGUGCUGCAGCCGACAGAGAAGAAGACGGUGGCGUAUCACGAGGCGGGGCACGCCAUCGUGGGCUGGUUCCUGCAGCACGCCGACCCGCUGCUGAAGGUGUCAAUCAUCCCGCGGGGGAAGGGUCUGGGCUACGCUCAGUACCUGCCCAGAGAGCAGUACCUGUACAGCAAAGAGCAGCUGUUCGACAGGAUGUGCAUGAUGCUCGGCGGACGCGUGGCCGAGCAGGUCUUCUUCGGCAAGAUCACCACCGGAGCUCAGGACGACCUGAAGAAGAUCACGCAGUCCGCUUACGCUCAGGUGGUGCAGUUUGGGAUGAGUGAGAAGGUGGGGCAGGUGUCGUUCGACCUGCCCCGGCAGGGCGAGAUGGUGCUGGAGAAGCCGUACAGCGAGGCCACGUCGGAGCUGAUCGACCAGGAGGUCCGGGAGCUGGUGGAGCGGGCGUACCAGAGAACCCUGGAGCUCAUCCAGGACAAGAAGGAGCUGGUGGAGAUGGUGGGGAAGCGUCUCCUGGAGAAGGAGGUCCUGGACAAGGCGGACAUGUUGGAGCUGCUGGGCCCGCGGCCGUUCGAGGAGAAGUCGACGUACGAGGAGUUUGUGGAGGGGACGGGCAGCUUCGAGGAGGACACGAGCCUGCCGGAGGGACUCAAAGACUGGAACCAGGAGAGAGGAGGGGAGGCGGAGGACGAGGGCCCGACUCCGGACAAACAGCUGGCCGCGUAGAGCCGCCGGCCCGGGACACUCAGAUAAGAUACAAACGCUGCAGAAAAAAA